GGCUGUGCUUUCCUGAGUGCUGUGGUGGCAGUGUCUCGUGUGGGAGCAUUAGUGUGGAGGGAGAGAGUCAUGUCUCGUGGGGGGUCUGCCUUCAAAUGAAAGGCGGCUAUUUUACUUGCAGGGUGGUUCAGUGUUCCACUGAAGGGAGGUUUCCCAUGAGGAACCACAUCAGGUCCAUCUCAACAUUGUGUUUCUAGGAAGCAUUGGAUCAUGUGGGUGUCGUAAGAAUCAGGACGGGAAUGCGUUUGACGUCCCUGUUUGAGGUUUAAGGACCUGAUGAGGGUUUGAAUGAAGUGAGUUUUAAAGGAUUUGUACGUUUGUGUAAUGGAACCAGUCCUUUGGGUCCUACAUACCUAGGUGGGUUUGUGUGUGGGUGUGUGUUUGUGCGUACACACGCGUAUGUUUGUGUUCCUCCACAGGGUAAUGGCAAUGAGCCGAGUAGGUAUAAGGGGUCUGUUUGUUGUGAUGUGACCUGUCCCUUUAAUAUAUCAAUGUGUGUGUUCUGCAGGUCCAGCUGGAGGUCCCCUAUGAUGUCCCCUAAUGGCUCAAUCCCACCCCAUCCACGUGCCUCCGGGAUACAUCUCACAGGUGCUGGAGGACAACACUGGGGUGCGACGGGUGGUGGUGACGCCGCAGUCCCCCGAGUGCUACCCUCCGUCCUACUCCCCGGCCCUCUCUCCCCACCCACCACCUGCCCCCCUACCUGGCCCACCACCCCCACUUCAUCCCAACUCCCUUCUAACCCCCCCGUGAGCCCGGGGACCUGCCGCCCCACCAGUACUACCAGCACCACCUGCCCCCCAUGUACGGCGACCCAGAAAUCAUCCCCGUCUAUGCAUGUCCAACUAUAUAGGCAGAGAGGAGGCCUACAGUAAGCCACAGCCCAAGAAGAUAAGGAACAGAGGCAGCUGGAGCGACAGAACCGCCUCAACUCCCCUCCCACCACGCUGUACAAGGCAGCUUGGGAACCGCACACAACGGAUACAGCAGCAACAAAUCACACUGCCCCUUGCUGGGGUCGCUGGGGUCAGGGGGCGGAGUCAGCAGCCCUGGAGGGAAGAAGCCAGAAAGGAGGCUCAGAAGCAGUCCCCGGAACAGUGAACCAGACACACACACACCAGAUCAUGACUCAGAGGGAAAGAGGGUUCAAGAUAUGCUUUCUGCAGUCGACAAACCACAGAUAUCCAACAUCCAGGCGCGGGCAGCACGGCUCUCCUGGGCUCUCCCGGUGGGCCUGGUGAACAGGCACGGCAACGGCAUGCCCGUGUCCUGCUCCUACGAGGUGUCUCUCUCCGACAAGGGCCGGGACGGGAAGUACCGGCUCAUAUACAGUGGAGAGGAACUGACGUACAAUCUGAAAGACCUUCGGCCAGCAACAGAAUACCACAUACGCGUGUCGGCGCUGUACAACACGGUCAGAGGCUCGUGUUCUGAUGCAGCCGCGUUCAAAACGCAGUCUUCUGUCCCGGACCCCCCCUUCUCCCCCAAACUGUCCCACCGCACGAAGAGCACCCUGACCCUACAGUGGAAGCCCCCAGGGGACAACGGAUCCAAAAUCACAAACUACUUUGUUGAAUGGGAUGAGGGGAAGAAGAACAGUGUGUUCAGGGAGUGUUACUACGGCAGCCAGAGGCUCUGCAAGAUCACACGGCUCACCCCCGCCAGCGGCUACACCUUCAGGGUCGCCGCGCUCAACGACGCCGGCACCAGUGGCUUCAGCGCGGACGUGGUGUUCUACACCAUGGGCACGUUGCCCGCCCUGCCCCUGCCCCCCAGGCUGGUGCGGGCCGGGGUGUCCUGGGUCACCCUGGAGUGGGGCCGUCCCGAGGGGAGCCCCAGCGAGGAGCAGCUCAAGUACACCCUGGAGAUCCAGGAGGACAACAGCGGAAUUGACUUUUAUCCCAAGUACACUGGAGAAAACCUGACCUGUACUGUGCAAGGCCUGAAGAGGAGUACCCAGUAUAAGUUCAGGCUGACAGCGUCUAACAUCGAGGGCCGGAGCAGCCCCAGCGAGGUACUGGUCUGCACCACUAGUCCGGACAAACCAGGACCCCCAUCCACACCGUGUGUGACCAGCGCCACCCCGUACGGAUUCACCGUCACCUGGGACCCACCCCAGGACAACGGGGGGUCCGACGCACUCUCCUACCUGCUGGAGAUAUCUGAGGGCUGCUCUGAAGCGAGCCAGUGGAACGUGGCAUACAGCGGCCCCGCUGAACAGUGUGUGUGUGAGCGUCUGGCGCCCGGAACCUCCUACCGCCUGCGUGUGUGUAGCAUCAGCACCGGUGGACACAGCCAGUGUACCCUCAGCGUUACAGUCCGGACAUUAAGCGUCCCACCGGGACCCUGCCAGCCACCAAGGAUUGUGGGUAAAGCCAAACACAAGGAGGUGCAAUUGGAGUGGGACUCCCCUCUGGCCCAGGGAGUGUGUGAGGAGAGUGUGUUCAGUUUGGAGAUGGGCGAGGGCGACAGUGAGCCCGUGGAGGUGUACCACGGGACAGAGCUGCAGUGCACCGUGGGAAGUCUACUUCCCGGCGCCACCUACAGCUUCCGGCUGCGAGCUGCCAACGAGGCUGGGUUUGGAGUCUACUCAGAGCCAACGGAGGUGACAACUGCAGCAGGACCCCCGGGCCAGUGUGGGGCGCCACUCAUCACCCUCACCAGCCACACCUGCCUGACACUCAGCUGGGAGAGCCCCGAGGGAUCCGGCGCCGACAUCUCUGAGUACCGGCUAGAGUGGCGCCGGGAGGAGGAGCCUCUGGAGGUCAUCUACUCGGGUGUGGCCACGCAGUGCGAGCUCUCGGAGCUGACGCCCGCCACGUCGUACUGCUGCAGACUGCAGGCGGUGAACCAGGCGGGGGCUGGGCCCUACAGCGAGCUGGUGAGCUUCCAGACCCCGGCGACCAAUCCCGACCCCGUCUGCUCCCUCUGCCUCCUGGACCCCGCCCCCUCGGAGUCAGACCACUCCCCCUCCACAUGCCUCUACCUGAAGUGGGAGGAGCCCAGCAGUAACGGGGCGGAGAUCACCUCUUACGUCAUCACCAUGGAGGACCAGACCAUCGACGUUGAGACCGCCACCAGUCACCUUGUCACGGGCCUUCAGCCUGACAGCGAGUACAGGGUGCAGAUCCAGGCGGUCAACGCCAUUGGCUCCAGCCCCCUGAGCCCGCCUCUCCUGGCGAGGACACGCCCCCUUCCACCGAGCCCGCCCCCCCUCGAGUGCGCCGCGGCCGGCCCCCAGAGCCUGAAGCUCAAGUGGGGGGAGAACGCCAGCGGGCUGCACGCACGGGCCCUGCUGGCCGACGACAUGGUCUACACACUACAGAUGGAGGACAAGAACCACAGGUUCGUGACAAUCUACCGCGGCCCGAGCCACACCUACAGGGUGCAGCGGCUGACCGAGUCCAGCAGCUACAGCUUCAGGAUACAGGCGACCAGCCCGGCGGGGGAGGGGCCCUUCACCGCCACACACACCUUCAUCACGGCCAAGUCGGUCCCACCCGCCAUGAAAGCUCCCAGAGUGCACCAGGUGGAGGGUAACAUGUGCGAAAUCACAUGGGAGACUAUCCAACCAAUGAGAGGAGACCCCAUCAGCUACGUGUUGCAGGUUCUGGUUGGACGAGAGUCUGAGUACAAACAGGUGUUUAAGGGAGAGGAAGCGGUCUUCCAGAUCUCCGGUCUCCAGGGCAACACAGACUACCGCUUUAGGGUGGCAGCCAGCCGCCUGUGCCAGGACUCGGCCCAGGAGAUGUGCGGGCCGCUCAGUCCUUCCUCCCUGUUCACACUGCGGCGGCAGGAAGUGAUGUCAGCGGGGGCGGAGCUGUGCGCCGCGGAGGCGGGUAAAGGGGCGGGGCUCAUCUCCAGCGACGAGCGCUUCGCCGCGCUGAUCGUCUGCGUCUUCGCCGGCUUCUCCAUCCUCAUUGCGUGCCUGCUGCAGUACCUGUUCAUGAACUAAAGGGGGCCAGGGCUCGAGGGGGGAAAUAUUACUAGAGGAUGGAAAGAGAAAUCAAAACCUACCCACGAGAGAGAGACACUACAAAAAAAGAAACAAAAAAGAAAAAGCAGUCGACGAAAGAAGCCGAAAUCAAAUCCAAGAUUGCAAACACUCGAAGUAUACCGCUGAACGUGACGUACGUUUUAUUCAUAGCACCAAUUCGGGUUUUCCUUGGGUCUCUCUUUCUGUCUUUUGUUCUUGUCUUUUUCCUGGAUCAUUCAAUAUUUCUUUUCAAUCUCUCUCUCUCUCUGUAUCUGUCUGUCUUAGUAUCAUUUGCGUGUCUCUUUUUCGAUAUGGAUAAACGUAGAAGGAAGCCGAUCUUUACACCAAACAUCGGCUGGGAAGAACACUGAUAACCAAGCCUUAAGAGAAAGAAAAUAGCUGGUAGCAAAGCAGUUGUUCCUCAGAACUGACUUGCAUGUUUUACUUUAUAUCUUUUUUUAAAAGAAACAACAUAUUCAAAUUAGACAAAAGUAUAUAUUUCUUGACGGUCAUUGCCUUAAUUUUUUUGUGAUUGUUAUCGGAUGUUUGAUUUUCACUUCUUUUUCUGUUGUUUUUGCUGCCGUAUACUACUAUUCAGCCAUAUUCCAAGGUAGGCCUUUGAAGCUUUAGCCGAUCAUACGUUGUUAUGCAGUCCAGUUCAAUUUACAGCCUUUUAUCGAUAACUGCAGUCUACACCUAUCUGAAACAAAACAAGACAAAUCAAAUCACCCAUCCAUAUUCAAAGAAAGCAUGCAAAUAUAUACUGACAUAAAGGAAAUACCGAUUUAUUUUGUGUUGCUUGAAAUCACACACAAAUACACAUACUUUUACACACAUUUAUGAAACAAGAAUGCCGAUAUGUAAUGCAGACAUUUCAGGCACACAUGCAAUGACAAUGAGAAACAUAGAUUUACCAUUAAUUUACUCUUUUACUCAGCUACCAAAGCAAUGCAAUCCAUGCGUGAUGUAAGAUGCUGCUAUCCUUUGAUUUUAUAUCUUCAGAAAGAAUGGAAAACCGGUAAAAAUAGAUAAAAUAAAAAAAGAUAUAUAUUUACAAAUAUACAUACCAACAUUAUAUAUUAUAUAUAUACAACCAAUAGAUAUUAUAACAAAUAUAUAUAUGUGUGUAUUUAUAUAUAUAUAUAUAUAUAUACAUAUAUAUGUUUAUAUAUAUAAAAUGCUGUAGAUGUAUUGUAAUAUAAGUGAUGGUAACUUGGGGAGUACGGCUUAAGUGAAAGGGAGGGAGUCUAUUUUAGUUUGCGAACAGCAAAGAAAUUCAGCCCUUAAACACUGGUCUCAGUUCAAGGUUUUUCAAUAAGAUGAAAUAAGAUUUCAUCCGUUUUUGGUCGGUGUUUGGGAUUGAAGCUCGGAAUGUGAUUGGCUGCAUCGGAGCCCUAGCUUGCACACCUGUAAGGUUCUUUUUUGUAAUACUGGUGUAUGGCUCGUGCGCAUCACAGACCAUAACUAGCUAGACAGCUAUAAUACUGCUGUGUGUUAGCAAAACCACAACCAUAGAUGUUAGCAGUUAGCUUGAGACCCUCUACCCUCCCUACCCUAUACCCUCCAAGCAGCCGGCUGACCUAGCUCUCGAGCAAAGUCGGCGAACCAAUACUUCUAACUAAGGUCUAAGGAUUCCUUCCGCUGCCUCAUUUCCUCAACGCUUCCCCCAUAAGUAUCUGUGGUAUACUUUAUUAUAACACUUUCUUAUUCCCGAUACACACACACACACACACACACACACUUCCUCCCGUUCUCUCUGUACAUCUCUUUCCUUCUUUCUCUUGUUUUCUCUCUGCAGCAGGUCAUUUAAGUGACCAGUAAUCAGAGCAGUGGUAGGGUCUGGGGCCGCUCGACGUACGCUCUGGGGAUUAGAGCUAAUGUUCACUAACCAAACAAGCCUUCGACCGAGCAUACUACAUUACCCAGAGUCUGGUUUCUUUUCUGUGCCAGAGGUCUACUUUUAAACCAAGGGGACGGGGGACGGGGGGGGGGGACUAAGAACAAAGAGGAGGGAACUAGAUGGUUGUAGGGGGGAGGAGUUCCUUGUUGCUUGCCCUGCCCACAUCUCCACCUCCCACUGUGAUUGGCGACCUGUAACGCACCUCAGGGAAGUGGUCUUACAAGGAAGGAUAUCUUUAUGUUAGGAACUUCGUUACCAUCGAUGCAGUCUCUCUCUCUCUCUCUCUCUCUUUCUCGCUCUCUCUCUCUCUCUCUCUCUUUCUCGCUCUCUCUCUCUCUCACUCUCUGUCUCUCUCUCUCUCUCUCGCUCUCUCUCUCUCACUCUCUGUCUCUCACUCUGUCUCUCUCUCCCACUCUCUUUCUCUCACCAUUCUGUCCUUUUUACACUGUAUCGUCCUCUUUCCACGCUGUGCCUUGUUCCUGUUUUUGUCACUAAGCAAAGUGGUCUAUCCGCUAAAAGUUACCUUUUGCCAAAGUUGAUGGGAAAAAAAAUUAAGGUAUAGGUCUUUUCUUAGUUCUUUUUUCUUAUUUAUACUAUAUAUUUGCAUACAGUACUUUACAUGCCAAUUACAGUGCAAUCGUCAUUUAUUUAUUGUUUAAAAGAUUAAGAGACAAGUGUAGUUAUAUAGAAAACAAAAAAUUAUUGUAGCACGACGUUUUAUUUUCUUCCUUUCUAAUUUUUUUAAUGGAUGUAUGUUUAUAAAAAGGCCAGCAUUCCGUGUCUCAGUAACCCUUUUAAAGUAUUUUACCAUUAAACUGUCGGGAACAUCAUAAGCAAGAUUUCUGCGUCGCAGUUUGUUACCAAAUGCCUACAUUCUUAUUUGUACUUUCCUCACUCUUCAUCGGUCGUCGUUCUUUAUCUCCUCUUCUCAGUGGCCGUGAUAACUGCCAAGCAGUUUUAUUGUAAUGCUUUAGAGACAUAUGUAGCAGACCUAGCCCACAAAAUGUUAUGGGAUCUAUGUAGCUGCCUUUGGCUUUUGUUUUUUUGAUAUAUUUUCCUUUCUCUGGUAGUGUUAUAAUGAAGCUCCUGGUUCUUCUUUUACGGUUUUAAUGCCAAAGUUCACGCUUCUGGUGUCGACUCGACGACGCUGCCUUUUCCUAUCCUUUUUAUUUCCUUUGCAUUAUUUUGGAUCGUCUAAAGGGUUCUGUGAUGUUCAUGUAAGCUGCACAGCGCCGAGACUAUACCUAUUGUUGUUAUUAUUCUCAAAAAGGAAAGGAAAAAAAACACAUUAACUUGGAUCUGUGAUUACACUUCUUCAUCAUAUUACCGUUUUUUAUUCGGAUGAUUUCAUUUGUAUUCUUUUCCCUUUAUUUGUAUUGCAAAAAGAAAUGUGCCAUUUUUUUUAUGUUUACUCACUUUUUCCCCCUAAGAUUUUAUGCAGAAAGGUGCAUAAAAGGCGAAAGCAUCAAAACAAUGAUUUCAGGCAGGGUUUCGACAAUGAAAGCGAUGAUUCCUUGUUCCAGGCUAGCGCUGGUUAUAGCUGUAGUGAGUAUUUUGUAUCCAGUAUUUUGCUAAGAGAUGAUAUACAGAGAUAUCUAUAGAGCUAUAGUAUACGAUUGUAAUGAGAAAUAAGAAUUUAAGCGUUUAAGCACUUUUUUUUUUAAGAGCAAAGCAUUAGUCUUGCAGAGUCAAAACACCAGCGGGGUAGAGAUUUAGGUUGUCCACCCCCCCCCCCCCCCCUUCUCCUGGGUCCAUACACUACUCUGCCAAGGACAUCUGUACAUUUAUUUGUUAUUACAACACCGUUGGCAUCACUGUGACAUCACCAGGGGUUGAUGGCAUGACUUUAACUUCCCCUGGGGCGCAUCUGUGCACCCCUGAAUAGUUUAUGUAUAUAUACAUAUUUUUUUCUCUCCUCCCCCCUCUGUGGUGGGAGGGAGAUGGCAAAGUUGGGGAGGGAGGGAGGGAGCGUGGGAGGGAGGAUAGCUCGACCGGUGCCUUAACCUCUGAUGUGCUCGUCGUGUGUGUAUCAUGGUGUGUAUCUCUAUUGCAUGGGGGGGGGGGGGGGGAUUGCCAGGAAGUGGGUGCGUGAAAUGUCCUAGUGGUUUAGUAACCCAACGUUACGCUAGUUAGAGUAUAAUAUGUUAAACUCCUUCCUUAAAGCAUCUUGCUGUUAGCCGACACCCCCUACCCCUCCAACCCAACUCAAGUGAGAUCAUGAUCGGCCCUGUGCUAGACCAGUCAGUCAGGCCAGUAAAUAAUUGCAUUGAUUAGCCCAACGUCAACCCAACGUUAUCCCCGGCACCGUUUCCCGGGCUAGGUACUCCCUUACUUUUUGUAUUUGUUUCAUUGUUUUUGUUUUGUGGAUUUUUUGUAAUGUUUUUUUUUUUGCUAGUUCGUAGACCGCCAACCUUUCUUCCCUCCUUCACGUCCUUUUGCAGGGUUUUCAUGAUUGACAGACAGAUUAUUGAUUAGCAACUUCAUGUCUGUGCCUUCGGAGUGGUCCUGGUUUUCCUUUAAUUUCUUAGUUUUUUUCUUAUUGAGAUUUUGGCCGAGAGAUUGGCGAUUUGAAAAAGUACAGAGAAACACAGGUAUUUCAAUCUUUUCUAAGCAAAACAACAAAAACAAACAUAUUUUUACCUCACGAUUAAAAAUCAAGACAUUCCAAUGUUGUCAUAGUCUACGAAAUUGAAAAUACAGAAAAAUCAUGCAUUUCAUGUAUUGUAAAUGUUAGACAAUUUCAUAUGCAUCAUAUAAAGAAACUGCCAUAUCAAUUUUAAUGUAUAGAUUUUGCAAAUACUACCCUAUGUAUGUAAGACAUAACUGUAUCGGUAGCGUAUAUAUAAUAUAUUUAUGCCCAAUAAAUGUUUAAAUUUUUUUCUGA